GGGCUCCGAGCCUUCCGCUUCUCCGCUGCCGACGUCGCGUACCUGCGCUCUGUCCUGCCCAGCACCAUCGAUGACGCCUUCUUUGACUACCUGGCCACCCUGGAUGCCUCCGAGGUGACCGUCACCGCCAUUCCUGAGGGCUCCGUCGUUUUUGCCAGGGUGCCGUUCCUGCAGGUGAAGGGGCCGCUGCUGGUGGUGCAGCUGCUGGAGACCACCUUGCUGUGCCUGAUCAACUACGCCAGCCUGGUGGCCACCAACGCUGCCAGAUUCCGCCUCCUGGCCGGGCCGGACAUGAAGCUCAUAGAGAUGGGGCUGCGCCGCGCGCAGGGGCCCGACGGAGCCCUCUCGGCAUCCAAGUACACCUUGGAUGAUGCCACGGGCUGUGCAAAUCCCAUAUUCCCACACUCCUGGCACUUGGAUGAUGCCAUGGGCUGUGCAAAUCCCAUGUUCCCACACUCCUGGCACUUGAAUGAUGCCAUGGGCUGUGCAAAUCCCGUGUUCCCCUGUCAGGAGCUGCCGCCCCGGGCCGGAGGAGAUCCCGUGGAUCUGGCGGACCUGGCUGUGUCCUGGCUGCAGAGGGUUUGUGACCUGCUCCAGACUCCUCCCAGCAAGGCCAACCAGGGCGAGCUGGCCGCCUUCGUGUCCUACGCUGUCACCUUCCCAUGUGACUUCCAGGGAUUGCUGGACACCUACUGUGUCAGGAGGAGUGGUUUGCCCAAUUUCUGUGCCGUGGCCUUGGCACUGCACCAGCUGGGAUACCAGGCCAUCGGGGUGCGCCUGGACAGUGGGGACCUGGCCCAGCAAUCCAAGGAAAUCCGGGGAGUGUUCCAAGCCUGCGGAGCUCACUUCCAGGUGCCCUGGUUUGAGACCAUCCCCAUCGCUGUCAGCAACGACAUCAGCGAGCAGAGCCUGGAGGAGUUCAGGAGGGAGGGGAGCGAGAUCGACAUGAUCGGCAUCGGGACCCACCUGGUGACGUGUCCCCUGCAGCCAUCGCUGGGCUGUGUCUACAAGCUGGUGGAGGUCAAUGGCUCCCCGUGCCUGAAGCUCACGGAGGAUGAGGAGAAGAUGACAAUCCCGGGGAUGAAGGCAAUCUAUCGGCUCUAUGAUGCUGCUGGUCACCCCUUCAUGGACCUCAUGGCCCUGGAGGAGGAGCCGUCGCCCAGCGCGGGGCAGGAGCUGGGGAUCCGAGUCCUGGGGCGGCUGGAGGAGAGCACCAAGGUCAUUCCCAGCACUGUGGAGCCCCUCCAUCGCACCUACUUCAGGGAUGGCCAGGUGUGUGAGCCCCUGCCCAGCCUGCCCGAGGUGAGGACCCACGCCCAGGUGUCCCUCAACCUGCUCAGCCCCGCUCACCGCCGGCUCCACGAGCCGCAGCCCUACCCGGUGGCCGUGACGGAACGGCUGCACCAGCUCUUCCUGGAGCUGCGCCAGGGCAGCCUCUGAGGGGGCCCCUGCUCAUCCCCAGCUCCUGCUCCGCUCUUUUUUGGGAAGCCCGGGUGUCUCGUUAGGAAUUAAUGGCUCUAAUUUAGACCUGGCACUAACCCGAGGAACCUGCAGGAACUGGGAGAGAGCUCUGGGGUCCCAGUAGGGAAGCUGGGAAUGCUGGGAUGGGGAAGGCAGAGCUGUCCCUGCAUCCCCGAAGUGGCAGAACUGUGCCCAGCUUGGUGGCCCUGCCAGCCUUGUGCCUGAUCUUGGUGGCCCUGCCAUCCCUGUGCCCAACUUGGUAGCCCUGCCACUCCUGUGUCCAGCUUGGUGGCCCUGCCAGCCUUGUGCCUUCCUUGGUGGCCCUGCCAUCCCUGUGCCUUCCUUGGUGGCCCUGCCAUUCCUGUGUCCAGCUUGGUGGCCCUGCCAUUCCUGUGCCUGAUCUUGGUGGCCCUGCCAUCCCUGUGUCCUCUGUGGUGGCCCUGCCACUCCUGUGUCCAACUUGGUGGCCUUGCCAUCCCUGUGCCUUCCUUGGUGGCCUUUGUGGCAGCCUUUUGCCUUAUCUUCGUGGCCCUGCCACUCCUGUGCCCUCUGUGGUGGCCCUGCCAUCCCUGUGCCUUCCUUGGUGGCCCUGCCACUCCUGUGCCUUAUCUUGGUGGCCCUGCCACUCCUUUGCCUUCCUUGGUGGCCCUGCCACUCCUGUGCCUUCCCUGGUGGCCCUGCCACUCCUUUGUUCAACUUGGUGGCCUUUGUGGCAGCCUUUUGCCUUAUCUUGGUGGCCCUGCCAUCCCUGUGCCCAACUUGGUGUCACUAGAACAAAGCCUGGAGUGCCACCAACAGGGUGACAAGGGACACCCAUGGGAUACCCGUGGCGGACACUCUUUGCUUUGGCAAUUCCAAGCUUCAUCUCUGUGGCCACCUUCCAACUCUUUCCACUCUGGCCGAAUUCCCUGGGAUCUGGAGGCUGGCUCCAGGCUGAUCCCAGCUCCAGGCUGAUCCCAGCUCCAGGCUGAUCUCAGCUCCAGGCUGAUCCCAGAUCCAGGUUGAUCCCAGCUCCAGGCUGAUCCCAGCUCCAGGUUGAUCCCACAUCCAGGCUGAUCCCAGCUCCAGGCUGAUCCCAGCUCCAGGUUGAUCCCAGCUCCAGGCUGAUCCCAGCUCCAGGUUGGUCACAGCUCCAGGCUGAUCCCAGUUCCAGGCUGAUCCCAGAUCCAGGUUGAUCCCACAUCCAGGCUGAUCCCAGCUCCAGGUUGAUCCCAGCUCCAGACUGAUCCCAGCUCCAGGUUGGUCCCAGCUCCAGGUUGAUCCCAGAUCCAGGCUGAUCCCAGCUCCAGGUUGAUCCCGGCUCCAGGUUGAUCCCACAUCCAGGCUGAUCCCAGCUCCAGGCUGAUCCCAGCUCCAGGUUGAUCCCAGAUCCAGGCUGAUCCCAGCUCCAGGUUGAUCCCAGAUCCAGGUUGAUCCCAGCUUCAGGUGGAUCCCAGCUCCAGGCUGAUCCCAGCUCCAGGCUGAUCCCAGAUCCAGGUUGCCACCUGCACUCUCUAACCCCCGUUCCCACAGGAAACGUGGCUCUAACCCACACUGAGCUUCACACUAAGCAAAAAAUUUCAAAUAAAAGCCUUUUCCCAUCA